AUGGAUAGCUACACCGAGAAGGUCUUGCCCUUCAAAUCUUCACCUUCGUUUUUAGAAAAAACGAUAGCUCAUAAUGGUGAAAUUAACAUGGGAUAUCUCCUUCAAAACUUCGAUGAAAUUGCUUAUGUCGUUGGGACUAAGCAUCUAGAUAUUCCUUCUUGUUUACACCGUGUACCUUCUCAUAUUUUGACAGCUUCUGUUGAGCAUUUUCAUAUUCUACACCCAAUCACUAUACAAGAUAUAAAAAUUAGUGGGCAUGUUGUAAAUGUAGGAACAUCGAGCAUAGAAGCCCUUGUAAAAGCCGAGAUAAUAUCGUGUGCUGAUAAGUCUUUGGGAACAAGAAUGAAACUCAAAGAUUCGACGAUAAAUCGUAUUGCAGCUCCUACUCCAAAGACUAUUUUGAUUGCAAAGUUCAAUAUGGUGGCUGUUAACAUUGAAACUGCUAAGGCUGUAAAAACAAACUCGCUUAUUACUACAAAUCUUAGAGAGAGAAGAACGCAAGAGCUUGCAAAUGAUAUAGAGACCAGUACAGACGGUAAACCUGAGACAUCUAAAGGUGCCAAUAAUAUUGGAGCAAAUGCCUUUGAUAAGAAAAAAAAUUCCAUGGGAGAAUACAAGUUAAUUAGGGAUACAGCUCUUCAAAAUGCUUUCAUAGUAACACCACAGGAUCGCAGUGUUCUUGGAUACUUAUUUGGUGGAAAAGUAACAAUUUUUGUUAUUAGUUAUUGGCCAUCCCGUAUGUUUGCUGGAUCCAAUGUGAGAAUGUACUCUUUGGAUGAAGCCAAGUUUCAUUCUAAAGUGAAUGUGGGUUCUACCGUUAAGCUAACUGCCCAGGUUAUAUAUUCAUCAGAAGAUGAUAACAUGUUCCAAGUCAAAGUGGUUUAUAGUCUUUCUGAUUGUAACGGAACUUUUGGCGGUGCAGAGGCUAUGACAGCCAAUUUUACAUUUUUAAGCUUAGAUAAGAAAAUUAAAAAUGUGGUACCUAUGACCCUAAAGGAAAAUGAACUUUACAUCGAAGAGGCUGGAUAUAGCACUGCAUGUCAGAAAGGAGAUCUCUAG